CUAGCCAGCCUUCGAGCAAUCGCGCAAGUUACUGCUCGAAUCCAUAUCUCGAGUUAUCGGCAAGCUAGGAUCACUUCCUCCGGUUGUCUCGAUAGAGCUGCUUGUGGGACUGAGGACCACUGCUAUGCGACUACGAGCUGGGCAGCAUGUGCGUCAGAGCCCCUCAUUAUCAGUGAGCGACACAUUCCCGGCUCUGACAUGCACUGACUAUCUGGUUCGAUGGCAUCCAGACCCCGUCAGUUCCUCAUCUCAUCCCCAGAAAGCACAGGCGACGCAGGCAAGUGGUGCAGGCAUUCAAAUCAGUCUCCCUGCAGAUCAGUCGUUGCUCAAUCGAGAGCCGAGAACUUUUUUUUACUUGGUGCCAACAACCUCAAGCCCAGCGCAUGACCUCCAUCGUUGCAAGGCCAUAGGUCGGACGAGCUGCAAAACACCCCUCUCAUGCAGCCAACUCCCGGAACAACGCAACGCAACGCAACGCAGCCAUGUUGUGCAACAUUCCCUCAGUGGUAAAAGAACUCCGCACGAGUUGGGAUUCUGCCACCGCCCGGGGCAUGGGGGCCGCCCGCCCCCUCUCUCCCAUUAUUGCCCCCGCGGAAAAAUGAAGGGUCAAUAAUAAUAAAUGACAACCCGCCGCCCGCCUUUCGCUCCUCCUCCUCCUCCUCCUCCCCCUCCCCGACCCCCCUUCUUCUCCGGCUUUCAACAUCUCCUCAGUCUACCUGGAAACUUCCACAAUGAGCGCCACGACAACUGUCACCGAGACGCCAAGAAUCACGGCGGAGAAUGUCGCGACUCUCUUCCCCGAGGUCGACACCUCGCUCGCUCGUGAGGUUCUCCCGACUGCGACAAGUGCUGCCGCCGCCGGGUCCAGCGACGACC